AUGAGCAUUCGAAUACUGAUCUUUCUUUCUGGAAUAUUAUUUCUCAAGUUUAUUCUCAUAAUACCUACAUGGGCAGAAGAAUUUGCGGAAUCAGGCGAUUCUAUGAGAUCUUCCCCUGAACCGAUAGGAGAAUUAAGAACGGUCACUUUAAAACAUGUUUACCAUCAUGGUUCCUCGCGUUUUCCUAAACUACUCCGCCGCAAAGACUUCACAGAAGUUUCAUUACGUGCCCAAGAACUUGAGACGGGUGAAUCUUUCACUCACGCCAUUAGAAUCAUAAAUGGUACAAGUGUAUCCUCUUCAAGACAUACUGUAGAAGAGUUCCGGCAGAAGUCCCAAAAUGAUCAUGUCUCAUUAAUUAUGGAUUGGAAAGAUAAGGGAAUAAGGUUACCAAAAAUAAGGGAUUUAGAAACCCUAACCAAUUUUGCAAAGAUGACCUACAAUGCUUAUACUGAGAUUGGUAAUGAGGAUUGGUAUGAUCUGGGUGAUAGGUAUCGAGUGAACGAUUCUUUUGGAUGGGAUAAAGAUGGUAUCCGAGGCCAUGUUUUUGGUGACGCUAAUAAUGAAAUAUUAAUUAUUUCACUUAAAGGCACCAGCAUGGGCUUUGGAGCCGGUCCGACGGUACCAAAUGACAAGUUGAACGAUAAUCUUCUGUUCUCUUGCUGUUGUGCUAAUGUUGAUCGUACUUGGACACCAGUAUGUAAAUGUCGCAUAGAAAGUGACCGUUGCGACAAAGCCUGUUUGGAAAAAACCGUAGACUUGGAGGAAUCAUAUUAUAAUGUAGCACGGCGUCUUUUUGAAAGAGUAAGUGAGGAUUUUCCGAAAGCGCAAAUCUGGUUGACUGGUCAUUCUCUCGGUGGGGCACUUUCCGCUUUGGUUGGAAAUACCUUUGGUGUACCUGUCGUAGCGUUUGAAUCUCCUGGUGAGAGGUUACCUGCCCAAAGGUUACAUUUACCAGGUCCUCCUGCCUUACCAUACCACAAAAUGAACAUAUGGCAUAUUGGUCACUCAGCUGAUCCUAUUUACAUGGGAGUUUGUAAUGGUCUUGGAAGUUCCUGCUAUAUAGGUGGAUAUGCUAUGGAAACUAAAUGUCAUCUAGGUUUUGCAAUGCUAUUUGAUGUUGUUGAAAAGUUCAACUGGAGGAUUGAUGUCCGAACUCAUCGUAUAAAAGAUGUCAUAGAAAGAAUAUUGAAUAUCUGGGAAUGGGAGCUACCAAAAUUGGAACCAGAAUUCGAAUGCGAGGAUUGUGGUUAUUGGAAUUUUAUCGAUGUUUAG